GUGCAACUCAAAAGUCAACCUAGAAACCAAUUAAUCCUUCUUUAGUUUUCGGCCUUUCUUCAAUGGCCGUAAACAUGCAAGAAAAAAUCCAACAAAACGAUCCAGAAAAAGUACUUGUUCCUCAAGAAGAUGAUGACGAAGAAUCGCCAAUAGAACAAGUUCGUUUAACAGUAUCGAACGAUGACGAUCCAUCUCUUCCAGUAUGGACUUUUCGUAUGUGGUUUUUAGGACUUUUGUCGUGUGCAUUGCUAUCGUUUCUCAAUACUUUUUUCAGUUACAGAUCAGAGCCGUUGGUGAUUACUAUGAUUACUGUCCAGGUGGCGACAUUGCCACUUGGUCGUAUAAUGGCUAGGGUUUUACCAACGAGGAAGUUUAAGAUUAUGUCAUGGGAGUUUACGUUGAAUCCAGGGCCGUUUAAUAUGAAAGAACAUGUUUUGAUCUCUAUUUUUGCGAAUGCUGGAUCUGCUUUUGGGAAUGGACCUGCUUAUGCUGUUGGGAUUGUUGAUAUUAUUAAAGCUUUUUAUUUUAGGAAUAUCUCCUUCUUGGCUGGUUGGAUUCUUGUGAUUGCCACUCAGGUUCUGGGAUAUGGUUGGGCAGGAAUUAUGAGGAAGUAUGUGGUAGACCCUGCAGAGAUGUGGUGGCCAAGUAGUCUGGUUCAAGUUUCUCUAUUCAGGGCUCUCCAUGAAAAAGAAGGAGAAGGGAAAAGCUCAAGAGGGAAAUUUUUCUUAGUUGUACUAGCUUGCAGCUUCAUAUGGUACAUUGUCCCUGGUUUUCUCUUCCCAACAUUGUCAAACUUAUCUUUGCUCUGCUUGGCCUAUCCCAAAUCAGUGUUAGCCCAGCAACUUGGUUCAGGCAUGCAAGGACUUGGAAUUUUUUCCUUCACUUUUGAUUGGGCAGUUAUAGCAUCAUACCUUGGUAGCCCUUUAGUUUACCCCUUCUUUGCCAUUGUCAAUGUCAUAGUGGGUUAUAUUGGAGUAGUGUAUAUACUAAUUCCAAUUUCCUAUUGGGGGUUGAACAUCUACAAUGCCAAGAACUUCCCCCUAUUCUCCUCACAGCUAUUUGAUGUUCGGGGGCAGAUAUAUAAUGUUACAUCCAUUGUUAAUGAUAAGUUUGAGAUAGACAAGGUAUCAUAUGCACAACACGGACGCAUACAUCUCAGCAUGUUCUUUGCUGUUACUUAUGGCCUGAAUUUCGCAGCUGUUGUGGCUACUAUCACUCAUGUUGCUCUAUUCAAUGGAAAGGAAAUAUGUCAGCGAUUCCGAGCCUCAUACAAAGGAAAGCCUGAUAUUCACACAAGACUUAUGAUGAAAUAUAAGGACAUACCUAGCUGGUGGUUUCACCUCAUGCUUGCACUUUCAAUGGUUUUGUCUCUCGUCCUAUGUAUCUUCAUGAACGAUCAAGUUCAGCUUCCGUGGUGGGGGCUUCUCUCUGCAGCCUGUAUGGCUUUGAUAUUUACCCUACCGAUAAGCAUAAUAACAGCCACCACAAACAUGUCACCAGGACUAAACGUGAUCACAGAAUAUUUUAUUGGUCUGUUAUACCCGGGGAGACCAAUAGCCAAUGUUUGCUUCAAGACUUUUGGUUACAUGAGUAUGAGCCAAGCUGUUUCCUUUCUCCAAGAUUUUAAGCUUGGUCAUUACAUGAAGGUUCCUCCAAGAUCAAUGUUCAUCGUUCAGCUAAUCGGAACCAUACUUGGUGGUACAAUCAAUAUGUGUGUAGCAUGGUGGCUACUUAACAGCAUUGAACACAUAUGCCAACCUAACUUGCUUCCUCCCAACAGUCCAUGGACCUGUCAGAGUGAUCGAGUCUUUUUUGAUGCAUCAGUUAUCUGGGGAUUAGUAGGACCGUGGAGAAUAUUCGGACACCUUGGAGAAUAUAGUGUCCUCAAUUGGUUCUUUAUUGGAGGUGCAGUGGCUCCAGUUUUGGUGUGGGUGCUAUACAAAUCAUUCCCAAGCCAAAGUUGGAUUAAAUUGAUCAACCUUCCAGUACUUUUUGCAGCUACAGCCAGUAUGCCUCCAGCAACAUCAUUGAAUUUCAACAGCUGGAUUCUCAUUGGAACAGUGUUCAAUUUCUUCAUUUUCAGAUACAGAAAGAAAUGGUGGCAGAGGUACAAUUAUGUCCUAUCAGCAGCACUAGAUGCUGGAGUGGCUUUAAUGGGAGUGGCUCUGUUUUUCUGCAUUACUCUUUGGAAUGUUAACUUCUCUUGGUGGGGAACUGGCGGAGAGUAUUGUGAUUUGGCUUCUUGUCCCACUGGCAAAGGCAUUUCUGUUGAUGGAUGUCCCUUGACCUGAUUCUAUUAGGUUUUUAUUUUUAGUAGUAUUGUUAGGCUCCAUACUUAAUUGUCUUUUUUCUUUUGUGGUUAUUUUUCGUUAGUAGUUAGCUCAUAGUUUUUGUAAAUAUAAGCAUUCUAAAGUAAUACUAGUAGUGUGUUUUUUUGGUACAUAAUACAAGUAGUUUCUCACUAGCAGAAAAAAAUGAUCUUGUGCAAUCCAAAUACUUUACUUU